UCACAGACUCACAGUGUCGUCGUCGUUGUGCAUAGAAAAAUGAACACCAAUAAUAACUCACAAUUACCGUUGGAGAUUCCAAUUGGAGACGCAAUUUCCAGAAUUCAAUUUUCGCCUAACUCUAACAAUCUUCUGAUUUCAUCUUGGGAUUCUAAUCUUCGUUUGUAUGAUGUCGAUGCUUCGGUUCUUAGAGUUGAAGUUCCUUCAGAAGCUGCUCUUCUUGAUUGUUGCUUCACAGAUGAUGAUUCCGUUGCUUAUGCGGCUGCUUCCGAUGGAUUCAUCAGAAGGUAUGACAUGCAUUCUGGAGUUAUUGAUCCAAUGGGCAGUCACGAUGACAUGGCAACGUGCAUUGGAUAUUCCGAUGAAACAUGUCUGUUAGUUACUUCUGGAUUUGACAAGAAGUUAUUGUCAUGGGACAUUCGCACGAAGAAAUCUUUUUCAUUGUCGAUGACUCUAGAUGCAGAGAUCGACUCCAUGUCUCUCAAUGGGUUUAAGGUUACCAUAGGCAUUGGAGCAUCUGCCCAGGUUUAUGAUUUACGCAAAUUUGACAAACCAAAUCUGUCAAUGGAGCCUUGCAAUGGUGCACAAUUAAGAUGUGUUAGUUCAUUACCUUGUGCAGAAGGAUUUGCAGUUGGAUCAGUGGAUGGACGGGUUGCAUUGCAGGUUUCCUGUUCAUCAAAUUUAAAUGACAUUGGAUAUACAUUCCGGUGUCAUCCAAAAUUAAAGGAUGGUCAGCAUCAUUUGGCAUCUGUGAACGACAUUGCGUUCAGUCCACUUGUGCCUGGUGCAUUUGUCACUGGUGAUGAUGAAGGAUAUGCUACCAUAUGGGAUGCUCGUAGUAGGAAAAGACUACUUGAGUUUCCCAGGUACUCAAAUAGUGUUGCAUCCUUAUCUUACAACCUUUUGGGACAGCUUCUAGCUGUAGCAUCAAGUUAUACUUACCAAGAAGCAAAAGAAAUAGUAAAGCCUCCUCAAGUGUUUAUCCAUAAAGUGGACAACAUUGAUCUCGGAUCAAAAAACAUGUCAGACGAGGAACACCAUUUUGAGUCCAAAGCUGAUGCUGGUGCUUCAAAGACAUAUCCACAACAAGCUGGAACCAUUCGCAAAAAUGGUCACAUUGUCAUCAAAAACAGACCCUGCAAGGUAGUUGAAGUUUCAACUUCUAAAACUGGAAAACAUGGACAUGCUAAGUGUCACUUUGUUGGUAUUGAUAUCUUCACUGGCAAAAAACUUGAAGAUAUUGUUCCUUCUUCUCAUAACUGUGAUGUUCCUCAUGUUAAUCGUACUGAUUAUCAGCUCAUUGAUAUCUCAGAGGAUGGAUUUGUGAGUCUGCUGACUGAGAGUGGUGGUACUAAGGAUGACCUUAAGCUUCCAACCGAUGAAGCUCUGCUUUCGCAGAUCAAGGAUGGAUUUGGUGAGGGUAAAGAUCUGAUUGUGUCUGUCAUGUCUGCCAUGGGUGAGGAGCAGAUUUGUGGCCUUAAGGACAUUGGUCCAAAGUAAUAAAUCCAUGAAUGCUUCUUGGAAUCGAAAUGAUAUAUAUUUAAUAUUUGUGUGUGUUUGUUGUGUAAAAAGAUCAAUCUAAGUUUGUGAAAUUCUUACAAGAUAUGGUAAUUGGUUGACUUUAUUGAUUCUUUGAUCACUUAUAUUUUUGUGAUCUUAGAUCAAUAUUGGAGCCAUCAAGACUGUUGUAUGUUUGUGAAGAAGUUAUAUUGGCUACUGGUUUGUAACACUUAAUUAUAAGCUUAUCUAUAAGACCCUCUAACGUUUCUAUUA